AUGGCACCCAAAUCUGCAAUUCAUUUGGCUUCCAAAUCUUGUCCAAUUCCUUUGGUGGCAGCUUCGUACAUUCGGGCGUUCAUUUUCGCGUUUGUGCCAACCUUGCUCAACUCUGUGCUCGUCGAGCGAAUCACGGCCACGAUCAAAGUUGAAACGUAUGAGAAAGAUUUCUACCGAUGGCAACCCAAGAUUUUGGUGUUUCUUGCAGCCAUUGUGGCCACUGUUUUUGGCUCACUUUACACAUUUGCUUUCCUCUCUCGACUCACUUGUGUCUUGAUCGGGAAUAGUUUAUCUUUCGUCGGUGGACUGGUGAGA